AUGGCAUCCGCACUGGCCCGCUACAAGCUCGUCUUCCACGUCCCGCCCGCGGCGCUCGAGGCUUGCAAAGCCGCCAUCUUCGCCGCGGGGGCCGGUCGCUACCCGGGCCCAGGCAACUACACCGAGUGCUGCUACACCACCAUGGGCACGGGCCAGUUCCGGCCCGGCGAUGCCGCCAACCCGCACAUUGGCAAGGUCGGAGAGCUGGAGCACGUUGAGGAGGCGCGGGUCGAGACGCUGUGUGUCGGCGAGGACGUCGCCCGGAGGGCCGUUGCUGCCUUGAAGAAAGCGCAUCCAUACGAGGAGCCUGCGUAUGAGGUGUACAAGCUCGAGGAUUUCUGA